UAGUGCAGACCUUGAUGUACACGUCAGUCUGGACUGGUGUCAAACCAUUGGUUGUCUUGUGUCACGUGUGCGAGUCUGAAGAUGGCGUCCCCAAAUGGAGGUGAUGAUUUUGAGUCUUCUCUGCUGAGCUUCGAGAAGCUGGAUCGAGCCUCGCCAGACCUGUGGCCAGAGCAGUUACCAGGAGUUGCAGAAUUUGCUGCCUCCUGUAAAAAUCCGAUCAACAGUUCACCCCCUAAGUGGAUGGCCGAACUGGAAUGUGAAGACAUUGAGAUGUUAAAAGAGCUGGGGAGUUUGACUACAGCCAACUUGAUGGAGAAGAUCAAAGGGCUUCAGAAUCUAGCCUAUCAGCUGGGCCUGGAGGAGUCCAGGGAAAUGACCAGAGGAAAGUUCCUGAACAUCUUGGAGAGACCUAAGAAGUGAACUGUUCAGGAUGGCGGCUAGCCAGGGGCUGAAGAACAGGCUGGGUCUGACCCAGGUCUGACCUCUGACCCAGGUCUGACCUCUGACCCAGGUCUGACCUCUGACCCAGGUCUGACCUCUGACCCAGGUCUGACCUCUGACCCAGGUCUGACCUCACCACCACCACCACCUCCCCACCUUGAUGUCAGAGACUUAUUGGGACCCAGUUUGACCCCUCACCCACUGAGGACUGAGUUGUUUGAAGACACUAAAGGGCUGCGAUCUGUUUUCACCCUGACGUCCACUUCUGUUGUUUUCAAAACCACUUCUGUCUUUAGUUUCACCUGUUGACUAUUUAUUAUUUUAUUUCAUCCAUUUUUUACAUUAUUUGCAUUUCGCCAAAUUGUGUAAUAAAGUCGUUAAAUGAAA